AUGUCUGCCCACUACAGAUAUAAUAGGUACAAGGAUGAUCCAGAUGACCCUGACUAUUCAGGGUCUCAGCACCGAAUGCAGGGAUAUUCAAUAACUCAGGAUCAUCCAAAUGUUCCAGCUCCUAUGAACAAUCCAGACUACCCCAGCACCAAGAGAAAUCCAUACUCUGGAGGCUCCAGAACAAGUCCAGACUAUCCUGCAUCUUUUGCAGAGCCGGAUUAUCCCGGAUCUCCAGAUAAUCCAGACCGUCCUAGCACCAGGAACAAUUCAUUCUCUGCAAUUUCUAGAAUCAGUCCAGACUACCACAGAUCCCUACAAGAGCCAGAUUAUAUGGAAUUUCAGAGGAAUCCAUACCCCCCAGGCUCAUCUGGACAGCCAGACUACCCCAGAUCUCAAAAAAAUUCUGAUUUUACAUAUUCUAGAAGCACUAGAAAUUAUGCAGACUCUAGAACACAUCCAGAUUAUUUUGGCUCCUUAGGAGAACCAGACUACCUUGAAACUCAGAGCAACACUAACCAUCCUGGCCCCAGAGGCAAUUCAAAUCAUUCAGGCUCCAGAAGGAAUCUACAAUAUGCUGGUUCCAGAAUCAAUACACGCACAGACUCUCUGGGAGACCCUGAUUAUCUAGGUGCCAAAAAUCAACCUAACUCUCCACACUUUUUUGGGGAACCAGACUAUUCUGAUGCUGAGGACUAUCAGAACUCUCCAGACAUUUGGGGAGAACCUGAUUAUCCAGAUGCUGAGAAUGGGCAUGAUUAUGGCUUUUCAGAGACUCUGGGAAUGACCAGGGGCCUCUUGAGUGCAACGUCUUCAAUCCAGCCUUCAUUUCAUCACAGGGGUAAUGGCUCCUUGGGCAUCCUUAGGGGAGAGAAUGAAGACUACCCUGAAAACAUUGAGAUGACAUCCAUGGGGAUGGCACAUUCACAUAGGCACCCUCUGCCAGGCGCUCCUGGAAAAGGCUAUGUGAACCCUGCUUAUGUAGGUGAAAGUGGUCCUGUCCGUGCUUAUGGAAACCCACCAUUGUCUGAAAGUGAUUGGCACAAGUCACCCCAUGGACAAAAGUUAAUUGCAUCUCUGAUACCCAUGACAUCCAGAGACAGAAUUAAAGCCAUCAGGAACCAGCCGAGAACCAUGGAGGAGAAAAGGAACCUUAGGAAAACAGUUGACAAAGAAAAAAGUAAACAGUCCCAUCGCAGGCGUGAGCUCAAUUGCUGUGCUCAGUGUAUAAACUCCAUUUCACAGGCUUAUCAGAAAUCCAAGAACAGCCUGUCGGAAAUCCUCAGUUCCUUCAGCCUAUGGCAGAAGAGGUUCAAGGUCAUCGGAGGCAAGUUCGGCACCAGCGUCCUCUCCUAUUUCAACUUUCUGAGAUGGCUUUUGAAGUUCAACAUCUUCUCGUUCAUCGUGAACUUCAGUUUCAUUGUAAUCCCUCAGUUAACCUUGGCUGAAAAGAACACCCUCCAGUUCACUGGACUGGAGUUUUUCACUGGGGCAGGUUAUUUUAGGGACACGGUGAUGUACUAUGGCUUUUACACCAAUUCCACCAUCCGGCAUGGGGCCAGUGGGGCCUCCUACAACAUGCAGCUGGCCUAUAUCUUCACAAUUGGAGUUUGCCUGGUCAUCUGCUUUUUCAGUUUGCUCUUCAGCAUGGCCAAGUAUUUUCGGAACAACUUUAUUAAUCCCCACAUUUACUCCAGAGGGAUCGCAAAACUUAUUUUUUGCUGGGAUUUCACUGUCACUCAUGAAAAUGCUGUGAAACUAAAACAGAAGAAUCUCAGCACUGAGAUAAGGGAGAACCUGUCAGAGAUCCGUCAGGAGAAUGUCAAGUUAACACUCAAUCAGCAGCUGACUCGCUUCUCUGCCCACGUGGCAGGCUGGGUUGUCUCUACUGGAGUGGCCGUCGCCUGCUGCGUAGCUGUUUAUUACCUGGCCGAGUACAACUCAGAGUUCCUGAGGACCCACAGGAACCCCGGGGCAGUGCUGUUGCUGCCUUUUGUCGUGUCCUGCAUCAACCUGGUGGUGCCGCGCCUCUAUUCCAUGUUCAGGCUGGUGGAGAGGUACGAGAUGCCCCGGCAUGAAGUCUACAUCCUCCUGAUCCGAAACAUCUUUCUGAAAAUAUCGAUUAUUGGCAUUCUUUGUUACUAUUGGCUCAACAUUGUGGCCCUGUCUGGUGAAGAGUGUUGGGAAACUCUCAUUGGACAGGAAAUCUACCGGCUCCUUCUGAUGGAUUUCGUGUUCUCUUUAGCCGAUUCUUUCCUGGGGGAGUUUCUGAGAAGAAUCAUUGGGAUGAAGUUUAUCGCAAAUCUUGGCUUACAGGAGUUUGACAUUGCCAGGAAUGUUCUAGAACUGAUCUAUGCACAAACUCUGGUGUGGAUUGGAAUCUUCUUCUGCCCUCUGCUGCCCUUUAUCCAAAUGAUUACUCUUUUCAUCAUGUUUUAUGCCAAAAAUAUCAGCCUGAUGAUGAACUUCCAGCCUCCGAGCAAGGCCUGGCGAGCCUCCCAGAUGAUGACUUUCUUCAUCUUCCUGCUCUUUUUCCCGUCCUUCACUGGUGUCCUGUGCACCCUGGCCAUCACCAUUUGGAGAUUGAAACCUUCAGUGGACUGUGGUCCGUUUCGGGGUCUGCCUUUCUUCAUUCACUCCAUCUACAGCUGGAUCGACACCCUAAGGAAAAGACCUGGCUACCUGUGGGUGGUCUGGAUCUAUCAGAACCUCAUUGGAAGCGUGCACUUCUUUUUCAUCCUCACCCUCAUUGUGCUAAUCAUCACCUACCUUUACUGGCAGAUCACUGAGGGGAGGAAGAUUAUGAUCAGGCUGCUCCACGAACAGAUCAUCAAUGAGGGCAAAGAUAAAAUGUUCCUGAUAGAAAAGCUGAUGAAGCUGCAGGAUACGGAGAAGAGAGCGAAUCCCAGCGGUCUUGUACUGGAGAGGAGAGAAGUAGAGCAACAAAGCCCUUGGCACUUGGGGGAACAUGAUGCUGUCCCUGAGCUGCGAUUUAGACAAUCGGUUCAAGAAGAUAAUCCAAGGACUUGAUGAUUAUUGUGGUAUCCAGACACCAAUCAAACAAGGAAAGACGAUGAAAGGUUUUCCAUGACAUCUUCCAUGGGCCUUUCCGGGCUUCCCAGAGGGGAACGCAAGCCUUCAGUGAGGAGCGGAAACUGACUGCAAUGUAAAUAGCCAAGUAAAAUUGGGCAUUUCCUGCUAUUUUUUUAACACCUGGAUUACAAAGUUUUUAAGACCAAGUACCUGAGGUUCUCCAAUAGACUGUUGCCAUAUUGAAACUAGCCCACAAAAACCCGGGAGUGAUAACUCAGGAAUGAUGUGUUUUAUCUUCAAGAAAUAUGUCUAUGAAUGACUGGCCCUUGGGAAUCUUCCUUCCCAGAUGUCCCAGACCUGGCAAAGAUUUAACACUGCUGCUAAGAAAAGUGAUCCAGUUUGAAUAAAAAUGUGAUCCUCAA